AUGCGUUUGUUCUUGUGUCCGCAAUGCGAUGCGCGUAUCGGGCACCAGUUGCAGAUCGACUUCGAUCGCUACGACCCCCGACAGGAGAUUUUCCGCAAGAAGUUUGCAGCGGACACACGCAAGCAGCACCAAGGAAUCUGCGAUGGCGCCUUUACAAACAGCGCGACCUCGGUGAGCGUAGCUGCGCUGAUCUCGCAGCGUGACGAAAACUCUCCAGACGAGUCGGAGCACAGAAUUUUCAAAAUUUAA